AUGUACACAGGAGUAUGUGCGCCUGUGACGAUCAUAUACGCACGUGGAACGGCAGAAUCAGGGAACGUUGGAUUUCUUGCCGGCCCACCAUUCUUUGACACCUUGAGAGCACUUAUUGGGACGAACAAUGUUGCUGUUCAGGGUGUAGAUUAUGCUGCGGAUACUGCAGGGUUUUUUGAGGGUGGAGAUAUUCCUGGAUCAGAGCUGAUGGCUACACUCAUUUCAGCAGUCUUAACUGCUUGUCCAAGUACCAAGCUAUGCAUCUCGGGCUAUUCACAAGGUAGCCAAGUCGUGCAUAAAGCUGCGACUCUACUACCUGCUGCUACAAUGGCAAAAGUCGAUUCUGCAGUCCUCUUUGGUGAUCCAUACUACGGCUCCGCUGUGCAAGGCGUGCCAACUUACAAGACGUUGGUGCUUUGUCAUACUGGGGAUGAUAUAUGUGCGCAUGGUGAUCUGGUGCUGGGUGCCCAUAUGGAUUAUGCGCAGGAUGCUCUGACGGCAGCGGAGUUUGUGGUUCAGCAGCUUUACGUUCCUUGA